UGGAUAUCAUCAGCAGCUGGAUCACUGGCUGCUCAGUGCUCCAUUUUGCAUUAAUCUAUUUCUUUCCUGCAACACCUUACAACCCGCCGAUACUCAGGCCAGCCUGCCAACUAUACACCACACAACGUACCGUCGACCAACCCGUGCCAGAGACUGCGAACCAUGGAGAGCAGCGCAGAUACGGACGUGACCCUGGUGCAGGUCCAGACUGCCCUGUUUGGCCUGUCGCUGAACUCCGCGGUGUACGCCGUGACCUACAUGGUCGCAGCGUCAGCCUGCGUCGACAGUGGUCUGUUCAGUGGCUUCGCCCGACCUACGAGGAGCCAGCAGCGCCACCGCCGCGACCGCGCGCUGUCCUACGUGCGGUGCUUCGCGGCGGGCGUCUUUCUGGGCACCCUGUUCCUGGCCAUGAUGCCCGCGGUUCGCACCGCGGUCCAGGCGGCGCAGGAGGAACACAACACGGUGCGCGGGGCCUUCCCUUUCGCGGAGGCGCUCGUGUUCGCCUGCUUCUGCGCCGCGCUGUACGCCGACGGCACGAUAGCCGCGACGACGACCCGGCGCGCCGGUGCGCACUCUCGCGUCUCGGCGCGGGAGUCUCCGGCUGCGCCGCAGGCGGAGCCCGCGUCCCCCAGCAGUGACUCCGACCUGAUCGACUCGCCCGAAAACUCCAGAACGAGGCUGCUGCGAGAAGAGGAUUCGCGACAGAACCGACAGCAGCCCUCCUACGCCGUUGCGACACGCUCCGAGCGUGGCGUCGACGCAGAGCCUUCGUACUGCGGCAGCGAUGACGACACGGACGCCAAUGGGCCCAGCGCCGCCUACCGCCUGGCGUUCACGGUGGGCGCCAUGGCUGUCCACUCGGUCCUCGAAGGCCUCGCGCUCGGGCUCCAGGACGACGCUAUUAAGCUGGUGUGGCUCGUGGUCGGCGUAUACAUGCACAAGACGCUGGUGACAGUGGCCGUGGCUCUAAACGCGGCUGCCAUGGAACACAGCUCCAUCGUUGCUGCCAGUGCUGGGCUUUUGGUCGCCAGCACCGUGCCCGCUGGACAGGUAGGUGCAUGCUUUGCACCACAGAGUGACCAGCCUCACUUAUUACGCGCCGAGUUGGGCUUGCUAUGCCAAUUCUGGCAACUAACAUAUCAUAUGUCCGCUGCAACCGUCUCUAUUAAGCCAACCCCCACAGAGGAAAAAAAACCAUUAACUUUUGGCGUCUGCCACUCGGCAGUGGCCGUCCCGUCACCCGGCGUACAAAAACCAUCUGUUCGCCUUCCACCUGCUCUCACCAGAUAUUUGAAACCCAGUGAACGUUGCCACUGGGACUGGUCAGAGCAUGGCGGAGUACGUAGACCAAUCGGACUGCAACACAUAGGUUGGUUUCCCGUCAGUUGUUUACAACUGUUGCGAUGUCAACUAUGGCCGCUAUAGAACACCGUUUUAAGGUCAGUUGCUUUAUUUUGCAUGUAAAAAACAUUGGUUUAGGUGCAUUUUUGCUUUCUGUUUUGUUUAGCCAAUGUCACUUUCAGUCGUCUGACCAUACAAAAUUAUGUACGUUCGCCUAUGCAAAAAUCUGUCUCGAAACUUCACUCCAUGGAGGUCGGCCUUAAUGAGGCAGUAUACCAGACUCGACACAUUUUCUCAGCUCGAUGGUUGCAAGCCUUUGAAGUGGAAGAUUCUAUACUCUCCAAGACAAAUGCUCAUGGAAACUUUUCUGUUAGACAAUAAUAGUUCCUGUUCGUAUCAAUAGAUUAGU